AGCUAGGCCUGCGAAAUGGGCUGGGGGAAGGGAGCUCGGGGGGUGUUCUGCAGAAAAAAGGGAUACGGUGUCCAUUUGAGUUCUGUCUUGUCCAGGACUGGUUUCCUCUCUGCUGUCAGCAUGGCAACAUCGCUUAGAACCGCAUGGUCCAGCCUCUUCUGGAUGCAUUCAGUAGCAACCUGUAGGCGGGCCCCGCUACAGAAUGGAGCAGUAUAUCAUGCUUGCCAUAAAUCUACAUACUCAGUUCUCCCUGAAGACUACAACUGCAAAGUGGAACUUGCAGUGACGUCAGAUUUGAAGACAAUUGUCUGCUACCACCCUUCGCUUGAGAUUCCAUACGAGCAUACAAAACCCAUACCACGGCCAGAUCCAGUGAAUAAUACAGAAGAAACCCUUGAUCAAGUUUUGAAAUCCAGAUUGAAUGAAAAAGAGCUAAAGAACAAUAGAGGUCCUACAAUUGAAGAGCUCAGCAAAAUGUUUUACACAACAAAACAUCGCUGGUAUCCUGUGGGACAGUAUCAUAGAAGACGCAAGAAUCCUAAUCCUCCUAAAGACAGAUAAUGAAGAUAACUUCUUGUUCAUCAGCACUUUGCUAUUAAUCUUUAUGGGAAAUAAAAAUUACAGAAUGUGAGAUGUUUGGCAAUUCAGUGUGGGUGCUAUAACUAAAACAUGCUUAACUAAAUUUGACUCUUACUUUCUACUUCAGCUAGUUGACAGAAAAACAACAAAACUGCACUGAUGAAACAAGGAUCCAGUGAAGGCUAUUGUAUACGCGCGGUCAGUGAAUGUGCUAGUCUUAGAGCUGGAUUUAACAGGUGAUGGAGUGCUCGAUUAAACUAGGUCAAGGGCUCAUCGUUGGUAAAGUGAAUGCGUAGAAGUAGUAUGUCAAAAUGGGAAGUCUAGAACUGGAUGUGUUAGGGUUUGGUGUUACUUUGGGGGGAUAAUUUAGAAAUCUAGUAACUGAAAUGCAGGUGAGCUUUAAUCCUGAGGUAUUAAUGAAAUAGUAUUGAUGAAAAAUAUCAUGAGAGGUAUUUUUGAAAAUGAUGAAAUAGUUUUUCUUUUUCUGUUAGACUUGUAAGA